GGAGGGGGCUGCUGUGCACUAGUUGGAACUGCCUGCCUGUCGCAGCGGUUUGGGGCUGAGAUAAGAAGAGCGUGUCCAUGCUUCAGCUGGGAGAUACAGCGCAAUCUAAAGGGACUGAUACUCAGGUUGAAAAGAUUAUAUAGGUAGACACUAUUCACGUCGUGGGAGACCGAGGGUUAAAUGGAUGGACAGACAAACAGUGCAUUCGGGAUUAACUUGUCAACCGGUGCGAAGAAUUACUGGAUAUAAUGGGGAAUACGACACCUAAACCUUUAAUAGAUGCAACUCUGCAACCCCGCCCGGUGGCAAACAGACAGUACUACACCCUGCCAAACAACGGGGCAGGUGUUGAGAGAAGAACGUCUGCCCCUCCAGUCAGCAUCAGUUUAGAGUCGCCUCGAUUCCACCCCCAUGCUAAGGGAAAGAACAUCAGGCUGGAUGGGCAGCUUCGCCGUGCCACACGCAAGAACAGCUUCUGUAAUGGCAUCACGUUCAGCCACAGACCCGUCCGCCUCUAUGAAAAGGUGCGUCUUCGUCUGACUGGUGUGCACACUGGCUGGAGUGGAGCUCUCCGCUUUGGUUUCACCAGUCUGGACCCCAGUGAACUGGCCUCUGCUGACAUCCCCAAGUAUGCCUGCCCAGACCUGGUGACGCGGCCCGGCUACUGGGCCAAGGCUCUGCCCGAGAGACUGGCCCUGAAGGACAAUGUGCUGUCCUUCUGGGCUGACCGCCAUGGUAGAGUUUUCUAUAGUAUCAACGAUGGAGAGCCCAUCCUCUUCCAUUGCGGGCUCAGCAUCGGCUGUCCACUCUGGGCUAUCAUAGAUAUCUACGGCAUCACUCAAGAGGUCACACUGCUUGAGAGCACAUUUGCAGAGAGUGUGGCGUCCAGUUGCCUAAGUGCAGCCCGUCUGAGUGCCUAUCUGCCCCAGAGUAACCAUGACUCGGCCAACUACAACAACAACCAGCUGGAGAACAACCAGGCUGUCGCUGCCAAGAUGGCCAACCUCCAGCUCAACAACUAUAGCCAGCUCAUCCCCUGCUGCUCCUCUUCCUCCACCACGUCGUCCUCAUCUGCCUCCACUGCCUUCAACGUCCCUAGGGUGGUCCGAGGCCUUCCCUCCCCUUUGGACAAUGACUUGCACUUUCACCCCAUCCGCGGCUCCGAUGUAAUAUUGUCCGCAGACCGCUCCGCCGCUUGCAUUCACUUUCUGGACAGCAGUCGGACUCUGGUGUUCAGUGACCGGCCUCUGCGUGUGGGGGAGACUCUGUACGUGGAGGUUGGCCACCUGGGCCUGCCCUACUUUGGGGCGCUGUUGUUUGGCUUAACGUCCUGUGACCCUUCUAGCCUACAUGCAGGGGACCUACCAGCAGACCCGGAGGUUCUCUUGGACCGGAAAGAGUACUGGGUGGUGCACCGGGGCUUCCCCAUGCCUUGCUCUGGGGACGUGCUCAGUUUCAGUCUGCUGCCCAAUGGAGAGGUGCAUCACGGGGUCAACGGGACAGGGCGUGGCAGGCUGCUCUGUGUGGACUCCUCUCAGGUCCUGUGGGCCUUUUUCACCCUUCAUGGGGCUGUCAACAGACUCAGGAUACUAGGGACUCUGCAGUCCAGUCCUCCCUCCACAUCCCCCAGCAGUUCUCAGAGCAGCAGUCCAGAUGACAGUGACUCAGACCUGGCUUUCAGUGUCAACAGAUCCUCCUCUGCCUCUGAAUCCUCUCUGGUGACUGCUCCCAGCUCCCCCCUGAGUCCCCCGGUCUCUCCCACCCUCUCUGCCUCAGAACUGCCCUCUUCUGGGAAAAAUGGAGAAUGCACCGUUUGCUUUGACCAGGAGGUGGACACUGUCAUCUACACCUGUGGACAUAUGUGUCUGUGCAACGACUGCGGCCUGAAGCUCAAGAGGCAGAUCAACGCCUGCUGCCCGAUAUGCCGCAGGCCCAUCAAAGACGUCAUCAAGACGUACCGGCCUUGAUCUUCCACUUUGCAGGUGCUGUGACUUCAACCCCCAGGUGCAGAAGUGCCUGGAUGCCACCUGCUGCACCUUCUCAGGCGAGGUUGGGCAAUAGAUUUUAACACCAACCAGAGAUCAACCCCACCCGGAUAUAUUCGUGCCUAUAGGAUUUCAGUUUAGACCCGACUUCAGUGAACCCCAUUACCCAACUGUUUUAUAUUGGACAGCGACUUUUCCGGAAAGAGACUAGACACUUUGAUGACCAGAACUGUGAUGAGGCUCAUCAAAAUAGAUACGCUGUCUACAUGCACUCCUGUCUUUGCUGAGGCAGGAAUGUCAGACUUAUUUUUUUCUUUCUUUCCAUUUCAUGUCCUUUAUGUGUAAAAUGGUGUACUUGCUGAGCAGAAAACUGUUGUCUGCUGUGAAUACUUUGCCCUUACCCACACUGUCCUCUAUCUGUGCUUCAGCAUAUGCUGACUGUAGUCUGACUUCUAGUGCCUUAGACGUUCGUCAUAUUUUGUGUGUAAGUAAUUAACUAUGAUGACAAUCCUAGCUAUAUUUUUAAUGUACAUUGCUGAGAGGCUGUUAUGGUUGGGGGGCAUGUGGAUGGCAGGAAAUGGCAUUUAUGCAAUGAAAGUUAUGUGUGUAAGUGAAAAGAUGCAAAUGUAUCAAAAAUUUGCUCAGCACGGUUUUAUUAAGAAAGGGACGUUUGGAAAGUUCAAGUACAUAAAAUGAAGAAUCUGGUAUUGCACAUGAAGCAAUAUUAAAAAAAAAGUGUGUUGA